AUGGAUCUCUCUGUGAAUGGUAAGACGGGCCUCCUCAAAUCACCAGGAAGAGCAGCCAUCGAUCCAAAAGCCAAUACUGCUUUAGAGUCGGUUCUGAAGAACCCUUUUUCUGCAGAAGAGGGUGAUGGUGCGAAACAAGUGAAGAAGGAAGAUCAAGAUGGGACAGCCGCGAAAGCGACUGGAGAGGUAGAGGAACUGACAUCUUCUGUCCCGCCAUUACCGCGACCUCGAUCGUCUCUCGGAGGUUCAUCUAGCUCCAGCACUUCAAAUUCCGAUGCCGAGCCUAUCUCUUCAGCACCUUCAGGUUCAGACCAGGAAGGGACGGUAAUGUUCUCAGAUUCAUCGGACGUCAUGCUCUCUCAAGCAGAAGAUGGUGCGCACCAAGAUGGCAUGUUUUCUCAGCAAGAACAUGAGGUUGUGCACGUAGACGGGCCAAAGAUUGUGAAGACGGAUGUGAAGUUUGUGAAGGGGGCCUUGGUGAAAGAUACGAAGAGUCCCGCUAAGCCGCAAGCUACAGCAAUGGCGAGUGCGGGACGAGCCACAACUUCUUCUUCGUCUUCAUCAGGGAGCAGUCCGAAUGCACAUGCUGACCCUGGUGCCUCGACGAGCAUGGACGACAGCACCGCAAGCGCAAAAACAGCUGAAGUUGUAGCUGCUCCGCCUAAAAAAGAACUUCUUCUAAGGGACCACGAAGCCCAACCGGAUCAAAAAUACGAGUACAUGGUUGACAACACGCCUGAAGUCCCUCUUUCCUCAGGCAACGUCCUUUGGAUAGACUCGGAAGCCCGUUGCCGUCUGCGCAUCCUGUCACUACGUGAGAACAACAUCAAGGAUAGGGGAGCAGCGAUGUUGUCAGAGGCCCUGUCAGGUAAACAUUCGAAUCCGCCAUUGAGGUUCUUGGAUCUCGGUGGAAACAAAAUAGGGAUCCUCGGAGCUGAAGCUUUUGCUGCGAAAGUAGUAGAUGCGACUGGGAGCAGAAAGGCGAGGAAUUUUGACAUCUUCAAAGGUGAAAUGGAUGAGAGCUGUAACAAAAUCUCCAAGGAUGAUGAACAAGAUCAAUAUGGUGCAACAGGUGGUGUAGCUGUAGCAGUACAACAAGUAGAUGAGCAAGAAGAAGCCCCCCUCCUCUACGAUCUUCCAUCUUCAGCAAAAUCUGGCACAUCAUGUCCCAGAUUACGGGAGUUGAAUCUGGAAGCCAACCCUUUUGUCGAUCAACUCUACGCAAAAGAAGCGCCCUCACCCACACGAAGACUAAAGUCGCGGUUAUUAAGUCCAAACAACAGGUGUAAAGUCGUACUUCGGAAGCCCAGGAGUACCAGUCGCGCUGCAUUCACGGAGGAUGCAGCUGACCACGCAUGA